AUGAUUGAAGAAAACCCAAGACAAUGGCACGCUUUGUUGUCAGAAGCAGUUUGGGCGAAUAGGACCAGCCAAAAGUCGGCCACAGGAACUUCACCUUUCCGAAUGGUGUAUGGGUACGAUGCGAUGUUGCCAAUGGAGCUCAUUGUGAUGUCUACUCGCCGUCUGUACCAGAAUAGAUUGUCUAAGGACGAUUACUUUGACAAGAUGGUAAUAGACUCCUUCGAUCUCGAUGAGGAGAGACUGGCGGCAUUAGAUCACCUCGAGGCCCAGAAAAGAAGGGUUGAGAGGGCAUACAAUAAGCGGGUGAAACCAAAGUCAUUUGCCAUAGGCGAUAUGGUAUGGAAGGCGAUCCUACAUGUUGGUCAUAAGGACAGGCGAACUGGUAAGUGGAGUCCGAACUGGGAAGGCCCAUUUAUUGUGACUGCCAAGAUGACUGGCGGUGCGUAUGUCCUGGCGAAUGUUGACGGGGAGGAACACGACAGCGCGAUCAAUGGACAGUUCCUCAAAAAAUAUGUUCCCAGUUGCUGGGAGAUCAUUGACCGACGGCUAUUUGGAGCCGACGAAGAAUAA